UGGUUGUGAUGUCACUAGCGGCCCUGGUUGUGAUGUCACUUAGCGGCCCUGGUUGUGAUGUCAUUAGCGGCCCUGGUUGUGAUGUCAUUAGCGGCCCUGGUUGUGAUGUCACUAGUGCUCCUGGUUGUGAUGUCAUUAGCGGCCCUGGUUGUGAUGUCAUUAGCGGCCCUGGUUGUGAUGUCACUAGCGGCCCUGGUUGUGAUCAUUGACCCUGGCGCUCCUGGUUGUGAUGUCACUGACCCUGGCGCUCCUGGUUCCAGGCUGGAGUCCCCGACGCGCUCCCUGAUCAUGGAGGCUCCGAAGGGCGUCCAGAUCCUGGCGGAGGCGGGAGACAUCCAGGCCUCCUAGAACGAACUACGCCUGGAGUCCAAGGACGGAGAGAUCUCUCUGGACGCCACGAGGAUCCGCCUGCUGGGUCUGCUGGACGGGAAGGCCUCGUCCUCGUCCUCCUCCUCGGGCACCAGGCAGACGGUGUACGAGGUCUGCGUCUGCCCCAACGGGCGCCUCUUCCUCUCCCAGGCCGGCACCGGCUCCACCUGCCACAUCAGCCCGAGCGUCUGCCUCUAGACCCCCCCCAACACCAACACACUGACCCCCAAACACACUCACCAGAACCCCCAAACACUACACACUGAACCCCACAACACACACUCACCAGAACCCCCAAACACCAGACACUGAACCCCACAACACACACUCACCAGAACCCCCAAAUACAACACAUUGAACCCCAAACACACACUCACCAGAACCCCCAAAUACUACACAUUGAACCCCAAACACACACUCACCAGAACCCCCAAAUACAACACAUUGAACCCCAAACACACACUCACCAGAACCCCCAAAUACUACGCACGACCCAAAACACACACCCACCAGAAACCCCAAAUACUACACACUGAACCCCAAAACACACCAACUAGAACCCCAAACACAAACAGUGUACCCCAAACACACACUAAUUAGACCCCACACACUGAACCCCAACACACAAACUAACCAGAACCCCAAAACACCACACACUGAACCCCAAACACAAACAGUGACCCCCAAACACACACCGCCUAGACCCCCCAGAAACCUUCACACUGAACCCCACAACACACACCAACAAACUGUACCCCCAAACACACACCGCCUAGACCCCCCAAACACCAACCACUGAACCCCAAAACACACUCCUACACACUGAACCCCAAAACACACUGAAACCCAAAACACACUCCUGCACACUGAACCCCAAAACACACACCAACACACUGAAACCCAAAACACACACCAACAAACUGUACCCCCAAACACACACCGCCUAGACCCCCCAAACACCAACCACUGAACCCCAAAACAUACUCCUACACACUGAACCCCAAAACACACUGAAACCCAAAACACACUCCUGCACACUGAACCCCAAAACACACACCAACACACUGAAACCCAAAACACACACGAACAAACUGAAACCCAAAACACACACGAACAAACUGAACCCCAAAACACACACCAACACACUGAACCCCAAAGCAACAACCCCCCCCCAACCCUCCCACCAUCUACAACCUGCUACCAGCGGGCGACCCAGUGGAACUCAGCCCCUGGCCCCCUGGAUAGACAGACGGGCAGACAGACAGGCUGCCACACAGACAGGCUGCCGAGCAGACACGCUGCCAGCCACAGGGGCCGGCGGCGGCUCUUGGACUGCUGACAAACUCUCCCUGCGGACAAAUCGCAUCACAAGCAAAAAAGAAACUACUUUAUUUGUACCUUUUUGUUUUUGCUACAAACACAUCCAUCACACACGCACACAUAUGUACACACACACACAGUCACACGGGCACACACGCAAUAUCACGCGCACACACACACACACACACACACACACACACACACACACACAGAGCAGUACACUCAGACAGACCACAGAACGAUGCAGAGAACGGCGGCGCUGGAAAACACAUCUCUUGUUCCUCUCCUCCUCUUUCACCCUCUGCUUCUCUUCUGGCUGUGGCCCAAGUGAUAGGACGCUUCCUUUAAGUGGUAGGAUGCUUCCUUUAAGUGGUAGGACGCUUCCUUUAAGUGGUAGGAUGCUUCCUUUAAGUGAAAGGACGCUUCCUUUAAGUGGUAGGAUGCUUCCUUGAAGCAAAGAAUCCUUGAAGCAAGGAUGCUUCCUAUAAGUGAUAGGAUGCUUCCUUGUGGUAGGAUGCUUCCUAUAAGUGAUAGGAUGCUUCCUUGAAUUGCUAGGAUGCUUCCUUGAAUUGGUAGGACGCUUCCUAUACGUGGUAGGAUGCUUCCUUGAAGUGGUAGGAUGCUUCCUAUAAGUCGUAGGAUGCUUCCUAUAAGUGAUAGGAUGCUUCCUUGAAUUGCUAGGAUGCUUCCUUGAAGUGGUUGGAUGCUUCCUAUAAGUGGUAGGAUGUUUCCUUGAAGUGGUAGGAUGCUUCCUACAGUGGUAGGAUGCUUCCUAUAAGUGGUAGGAUGCUUCCUAUAAGUGGUAGGAUGCUUCCUAUAAGUGGUAGGAUGCUUCCUAUAAGUGGUAGGAUGCUUCCUAUAAGUGGUAGGAUGCUUCCUACAGUGGUAGGAUGCUUCCUAUAAGUGGUAGGAUGCUUCCUAUAAGUGGUAGGAUGCUUCCUACUACUACACUGAUACCAAACAAAGUCAUUCUCAAGAAGCUAGCUUAUUCGCAUCUAGCUUCAUAGAAGAAACCUGGCUAGCAGUAAGCUUCCUAGCGACGGGCUUCCUAGCAGUAAGCGUCCUAGGGACUAGCUUCCUAGCUGUAAGCUUCCUAGAGACUAGCUCCCUAGCUGUAAGCUUCCUAGGGACGGGCUUCCUAGCAGUAAGCUUCCUAGCGACGGGCUUCCUAGCAGUAAGCUUCCUAGGGACUAGCUCCCUAGCUGUAAGCUUCCUAGCGACUGGCUUCCUAGCUGUAAGCUUCCUAGGGACUAGCUCCCUAGUGGUAGGCUUCCUUGAAACUACGCUCCCUAGCGGUAAGCUUACCAGCAGUAAGCUUUGUAGCGGCUAGCUUCCUAGCUUCCUAGCUGUUAGCUCCCAAGUGGUUGGCCUCCUAGCAGUAAGGUUCCUAGGGACUUGUUCCCUAGCGGCUAGCUUCCUCCAGCCAGGCACCAGUUUGGGCCUUCGGGCCGGCUCCGCUAGAGACCAUCGAGGACAACAGACCCCCACCCCCCCCCCCCCGGGGCCCUCUCCCUCUCCGACCAAGGAGCCCCUUCUCCCCAUCAGUCUUCUGGUCCACGCCAGCGGUUCCUCUGGCUGUAAAAACCCUCUUCUUCAGAGGGGGAGUUACGAGCCCGCGGGGACGGAUCGGAGCCGGCGUGACUGAUGGCGUUUUUACACCAUAGUUUGUGUAAUACUGUCGACGCACUCGAGGCUCCUUCAGCAUGCAGACGCUGAGGGGACGACGUCCUCUAUGAACGGGACGACACUUUUAUAACGCAGGACUUUAGUUUAUUUUAUUUAUUUUUUUACUGGAAAUAAAUCAGUUUAGUCAAUGUUCAGAGAUAAAAGGUAACGAUACGGCGGCGGCCGCCUAGCGCAAACACGAAGACCGAAACGCAAACGAGGAAGCCCUCGCUUUAAGGCGUCGCAGGGCGCGUGUCGGAUCAGAUAUAAAAGGAUUAAAGUCAUCGAUUGCAUCCAUAAAGUAGCGUCGGAAAAUCACGAGUUCUCAAUUCUAACCCAACUUUAAUUAAAGAGGAAUUUCUGCCAAUGUUAGGGAGAUGCGGGCUCCCCAGGCUAGCCAGGCACAGCUCAGGCACCUGUGCUGUGGCUGAUUGGAUUAGGCUCCAGACAGGUUUCUGGUGGGAUAGUGCUCCUCUGAGGGAAAGGCCUCCCGCCGCCGUCUGAACUCCGUCUGAACUCGGCUCACCUCCGCCAACGACCUGGUUCUAAAAUAGAAACCAGUGGGCUACGAGAUGUCGAAACCAGGUGCGCCGGUCGCGAAACGUAACAAACAUAUCAACACGAUGGUCAGAGAGGAGUUGACGAUGUGGAGAGAGCUGGAGAUUGCUGUGCUGAGGAAGGGAAGACUGUUGACCAGUACGUGGUCUCACCCAAACCCGUUCUCACCCGUACCUGUCUCACCCGUACCUGUCACACCCUUACCUGUCUCACCCGCUCGUUCUCUCUGAUCAGACUCCGGUCCGGUCUGCUUCAGUCCUCCCAGCCCACCACUGUUCAUCCGUUAGAGAAGAGGAGGUCUUGCUCCUCUGUCACAGUUAUUCUGUGUUUGUAGCGUCAGGGGGGAACCUGCAAAGUUGUCCCUGGCCUGAGGUCAGUCGGAUAUUCCUUUGACGUUAUUCGUUCCCGAAGGGUGAAUAUUAGUAAUGAGUUUAUAAUAUAUUGCUAACUUUACUGUUGUGUGGAAAGCAAGGACUCACGCACACUCACACACACACACAAUCAUACUCACACAGAUGCACACAGACACACACACACACAAACACACGCCCACAAUACAACACACACAACCUGAAAGCCAUUGCUGGGAGGUGUGUUGGCCACCAGUUCAGCCCACUCCAUCUUAUUUAUUUAUUUAUAACAAUAUGUCAGAUCAUAGAGCGAUUGUCUCACCUGGGGGGGAUGGGGGGGCUCAAGCCUGUCUCCAUCCCACCGUGUGUUGCUGUGUGCGUUUGUGUUGCUGUGUGCGUUGCUGUGUGAAGGAUGUGUGUUAGUGUGUGAGUGUUGGUGUGCGUGUGUUGCUAUGCGUUUGGUUUGCGGUGGUGUGUAUGUGCGUGUGUGGGGGGGGGGGGGUAUAUUUGUGUUCAAUAUUGUUGCAUUGCAGGGUGGGUGGAUAUGAGUUCAUAACAGGAAGUCCACGACUCUGUAGAUUGUCCCGAAUCAAAACAUGGCCAUGUGUACUGACAGAACUGGACGUGAACCCCUGUGGAGAUCCAAGUCAACACAUCACAGGAUAGACCUAACGAGAGGCUAGAGCUCUGCUGUCCUCCACACAACACGAGGCCAGCAGGGCCCUGGGUCUGAGCUCUCCUGUCCUCCACACAACCCGAGUGCAGCAGGGCCCUGGGUCUGAGCUCUCCUGUCCUCCACACAACCCGAGUGCAGCAGGGCCCUGGGUCUCAGCUCUCCUAUCCUCCACACAACCCGAGUGCAGCAGGGCCCUGGGUCUCAGCUCUCCUAUCCUCCACACAACCCGAGGCCAGCAGGGCCCUGGGUCUGAGCUCUCCUGUCCUCCACACAACCCGAGGCCAGUAGGGCUCUGGGUCCGCCUGCAGAUCUCUCCUGUCCCCCCUGCUGCAGACACUUCGUGAUGAAAGACUUCAUUCAGUUGCUUUUCAAAGUAAAAGCCAGCGGGGCGUUUUGUGACCCUGGGGUUACGGACCUGUACAUAAGCCUUUCAUACGGAGCUACUCUUACUUUCUACUGUCCGCUCGGCGACACGACACCGAGGUGAUGGUCGUCACGGCAACCAGUGGCUGGUGGACCCUGGCUUUUUUUCUCACAGAUCAAAGGUCGGAGGUCCUUCUGAAAGGGGUCGCUGAUGUUUGUUCAGCGGUCCUGCCCUGAGAUUGCUUCAGAUCUGAACUCUGGUGGGAUAUAUAUUUUUCUUUUUGUUUGCCAGUUAAGAAGCCAAUUCAUGUGUUCACACGGGGACUUUGAUGGGGUUUUGAAUGUUCUUCUUGUUUCUUGUGUUUCUGGUUUGCGCCGUGGCGUGAGGAAGAGGGUUCUCCCACAUUCUAUGCAAAACCAGGGAACACGUUCUAACAGUUCUACAGAAACUAAAUCAAUAAAGUUAUUUUUUAAAACUCAA